AAAAAAUCUCGAUAUUUAAAAUUUUAUCCUAAAAAAAAAAAAACGAACAAAUUAAAAAUUAAUAAUAACAGAAAAAUUUUCGCGAUUAAAUUUACAUAACUAGAUAAAAAACAAAAAAAAGAACAGAAUAUUUAAAAUUGAUCAGUUUAUUCCAUAAAUGUCAAUAUCAUUACAAGAAAUGGCUCCCCCUGGAGGUGGUAAUAGUAGUGGUGGUAUAACCACACAAAAUACAAAUAAUAGUGGUGGCACUGGAAAUGUUGGAAGUAAUAUUGGUCCAAGUAUACCAGGUGGACGAAUGACACAUUCAUUAAGUACACCAUCUGGUGUUGAUGGUACACCAUCGACACCACGUCAUCGUGGUGGCAAAAAAUUAGCCGUUAGAAUACAAAUGUUAGAUGAUUCUGUAACAAUGUUUCAAGUUCAGGUAAGAGAACAAUACCCAUAUGAUGAAAAACUAGAUUUGAAAUUUUAGUACUUGAAAUUACAAUUGGACAAUGAAUUGCUUUUAAUAGAACAAAGGUUAAAAAUUUAAAAUAUUUAAAUGGAAAAAGGUAUUUAAAAUUUAUAGAAACUAUC